UCGGUAGAGCAUCAGACUUUUAAUCUGAGGGUCCAGGGUUCAAGUCCCUGUUCGGGCGAUACAUUUUUUCUCUUCACCGAACGCAGUGUGAAUGAAAACAUGCUAUUUAUACAUGAACUUCGCGAGGGUGACGCAUCGUCAAAAAUUAGCGACGCAACAUAGCAUGUGAACUAUUGGUAAGCUUAGCUUCAGUGGAAAGUAAACAGCACUCCACGUAAAUAAACACGACAUCCAAAGCUCAAAAUUGUAUGAAACCUGCGCCAAACAUUAAAACCGUUUCAUUUAAAGCUAGUUAUUGAAGUGGAGCUGUUAUUAUACACGGGGAGACCUCACAUUAUGCUACCUUUGGAGAAGUUGUUUAUGAAAGAAUCAAACUAAUUUGGGGAUUAAACUCACUGACAAACAAAUAACAGUAACCCAGUAAUUUACCUGAGAUAAUCACAGGUAUCAUGUCAGGACAGCGACUGGGAACACCUAUAAAGCUUGGUGUUAGUGCAGGUCAAAUGGCAACGAAGAAGACAGAUCUGCCUGGCAAAGAUGGAGCGGAUUAUCCUCCUCUGCAUGGUCUCCACUUGUCUCUCAGCUGUGCAUGCUAAGAAUUUUUUGUUGAGCCCAAAAUGGGGUCCUAUUGGCUUUAAAGAGCCCGCUGAUGGAACAGCAAUGGAUAAAAUCAUCAAAACUAAUGAGUUCCAAGCUUCCCGAAUCAUAGAUGGCACUACCACUCUCAGAGAGGGAGACAUUGCUGUUUCUUCUGGAAAACCCUCCAAAGUCUGCUUUGCACGGAGCUGCCUCUGGUCAAAAUCUGUGGAUGGACACGUCUAUAUUGCAUAUAAACUCUCAGAUGACUACACUGAAAUGGAGGCAAAGCUGAUAAAGAAAGGAAUGGAGAACAUAGAGAAAGGUACCUGUGUGAGGUUUGUCCCUCGGACUCACCAAAGAGACUACAUCGACAUCCAGUCAAAAUUAGGGUGCUGGUCCUACCUUGGUGCGCGUGGUGGAAAACAGACUGUGUCUCUCCAGAGCCCUGACUGCCUCCAGAUUGGAGUGAUUUCCCAUGAAUUCAUGCACGCUCUGGGCUUCGUGCACGAGCAGUCUCGCUUUGACCGGGACAACUAUGUCAAAAUCAUGUGGCCAAACAUUUGGAGAGAUCGACUGAGGAACUUUGAGAAGUUCAGGACUGACAGUCUGGACCUGCCUUAUGACUAUGGCUCAAUCAUGCACUUUGGGAUGUAUGCCUACUCUCAGGAUGGACAGCCAACCAUCAUUCCUAAGGUCAACAAGGACAUAAAGCUGGGCCAGCCAUCAUAUCUCAGCCACAUCGACAAGCUGAAAAUCAACAAACUUUAUCAAUGCGAUGAUGACGUGGAUGAUAAUUAGGAAACCUGAACUGAGGCGAACUUGUAGUGAAGUCAAAAUUAUAAACUGCUGUUGAAUGACAAGAACAGUUUCAAUAAAGAUUAAUUCAAGCUUUC